CCAAAUCCAAGUCGAAGGUAUUCAAACUUCUGCGCGCGACGACGAGCCUCAACAGCUUGGCCACGACAGCAGCACUGCUGCAGAAGACACACCCACACCCCCUGCCUCUCUGACUCGCAAUCACGAAGACGCGUCGCCUACGUUCAUCGACCGCAUUUUCGAGGAUCUCCACGACUACGAAGUUGAGGACGAAAGCCUCAGCUACGAGCGCAUCUCCCCUGCUUCGUCUUCCGGCUCAGACUCUCCCACACCAACCGCCGAGCAUAUUGAGGACCUUGACGAAGAACCUGAAGAGUUCCCGUUCCUCUUUGGACGACCUCUGCCUCCAAUCCCGGUCACAGGCACUGUCGAGACUCCAGGCCGUCGACCCUGCCCUCUACCCCCUUUUCAUUUCCCUGCCCGUACCCCUCCUCCUCCCAAGAUGCCCAACUCAAGCGUCCCAAAGCCAGGCCCCGCCAAGCUCUCGCCCAAGGCUGGCCUCGAGGAAUGGCUCGCCGAAGCAAAGCAAUGUCAUUACCUCCCGGAGGCUGUCAUGAAGCAACUGUGUGAGAUGGUUAAGGAGUGUUUGAUGGAAGAGUCCAACAUCCAACCCGUUUGCACCCCAGUCACGAUCUGCGGUGACAUUCAUGGUCAAUUCUACGACUUGCUUGAGCUCUUCCGCAUUGCUGGUGGCAUGCCUGGUGAGACCAAUGUCGAGAAGCCUAAGACACAAGCUACUGUCAUCAGCUCAGAUGCUAUUGAGCCUCCCAGCUCGAUCACCAACCCAAAGCUGAAGAAGAAGAUCCGAAGCUCCGACAGCGGUAUUGAGAGUGCUAGUGGUGAGGACGAGGAUGACGAAGAAGAGACGCGAGGCCGCCCACGUACUGCUGGUCAAUCUAGCCGCGGUGGUAGCUCAGGUGGUGAUUCUGCAAUCGGUGUCAAUGAGGUCUCUGGAAGUGGUAACCAAAACUUCAUCUUCCUUGGUGAUUUCGUCGAUCGUGGCUAUUUCAGCUUGGAGACGUUCACCUUGUUGAUGUGCCUCAAGGCAAUGUAUCCUGACAAGAUCACCCUCGUUCGAGGUAAUCACGAGUCCCGCCAAAUUACUCAAGUCUACGGUUUCUACGAGGAGUGUCAACAAAAGUACGGCAAUGCUUCGGUCUGGAAGUCUUGCUGCCAAGUCUUCGACUUUCUUGUCCUUGCUGCGAUCGUCGAUGGCGAAGUUCUCUGCGUACACGGUGGCCUCAGUCCUGAGAUUCGCACCGUCGACCAAAUCCGUGUUGUUGCUCGUGCUCAGGAGAUUCCUCAUGAGGGCGCUUUCUGUGACCUUGUUUGGAGUGAUCCCGAGGACGUUGAGACCUGGGCUGUUUCUCCUCGCGGUGCUGGCUGGCUCUUUGGUGAUAAAGUCGCAACCGAGUUCAACCACGUCAAUGGCUUGAAGCUGAUUGCCCGUGCGCACCAGCUUGUCAAUGAGGGUUACAAGUAUCACUUCUCCCAGAAGUCCGUUGUUACCGUCUGGUCCGCACCCAAUUACUGCUACCGCUGCGGUAAUGUUGCUUCUAUCAUGAACGUCGGUGAGGAUUUAAACCCAAAGUUCAGCAUCUUCAGCGCCGUUCCAGAAGACCAACGCGCUGUCCCAGCCGGACGCCGUGGUGCAGGAGAAUACUUCUUGUAGUUUUCCCAUCACAUCUUUGCUUUCGUCUGUACAUUAGAUGACCUAAUGAUGGUGUUCGGAGGAAACUGCAUUGGGACCUGGCGUUUUCGCUUUGAAUGUAAAAUACUAGAUCAAUGAUGAGACGAACUUUACUUACAUCCUGAUUUCAAAAUUUG